AUGAAGUCACUCAAAAAAUCUUAUUGUUAUGAUUUAGCAUCCCUAUAUGACUAUUAUUCUUUUUUUCCCUGGCAGAAACGCGGUCUUCCAUCGUCUCCAAUGACUGACGGAGGGCACAUUGAUAAAAAAAAAAAAAGAAGAAAAAAAAAAGCGCAUCGAACAUCUGCACCGGCGCCGCCCGGCUGUGAUGUGCAGGAGCCCCCUGGUGGUCAAAAUGCAGCGGUGUCCGUUUGCAGAUUAACAGUCACGGCACGGAUCAAGUGAACAAACUACAUUUGUGACGAAAAGAAGAAGAAGAAGGGGGGAAAAUCGUCACAAACAUCACAGAGGGAUUAUGACCGUUUCGGAAGUGUGUGUGAUAACAAACAUGGGGGGGGGGGGGGGGGGGGGGGGGGGAUUGUGGGGCGUCUCCGCUCAGCCUAUCGGAUUGCGCGGACGCAAUAAACGCAUCCAAAUGAAAAGAACGCCAGUCCCCCCCCCCCCCAAACCCCCCCGCCCGCACUAAUCCUUGUCCAUCCCUUUUAUCUGGGGACUCAUAGGCAGUCUGAUCACUAUGGGACAGCGGAGUGGUGGAGAGAAGCCAUGCGGAUGAUAUUCCCGUAGAUGAGCGAGGGGCCAAAAGUUGGUUGCAAAAAGUUGUGCAAAUGCAUGUUGGGCGCGCUGCGUAAAAGUGGGCCAAAAAUGUUCCUCGUCCUGGUCGUGGGGCUCUACGCGGCCACGGGUGGACUUUUCUCCCCGGUGAGCGGCUGCCCGUCUCAGUGCAGCUGUUUUUACCACAACCUGAGUGACGGCUCCAAGGCCAGGAGUGUGAUAUGCAACGACCCCGAGAUCUCGCUUGUGCCUGUCGGGUUCCCGGUGGACACUUCCAAGCUCCGCAUCGAGAAGACGGCCAUCCAGCGGAUACCGAGUGAAGCCUUCAACUACCUCUCGGGUCUGGAGUUCUUGUGGAUGUCCUUCAACGCGCUGUCCGCGCUGGGCGCCGACAGCUUCCGCGGACUCUUCAACCUGGAGGAGCUGCGCCUGGAUGGCAACGCGCUCGCCGCCUUCCCGUGGGAGUCGCUCAGCGACAUGCCCAGUCUGAGACUUCUGGACUUACAUAACAACCAGCUCACCUCGCUUCCCGCGGAGGCCACCACACACAUCAGAAACCUCACCUACCUUGACCUGUCCAGCAACAGUUUGCUAACGCUGCCCGUCGCCGUGCUGGGCAACUGGCUGGCGGCCAAACCCGCCCAAGGACCCGAGAGCUCCAAAAUGAUCUUGGGUCUCCAUGACAACCCGUGGGCGUGCGACUGUCGCCUGUACGACCUGGUCCAGUUCCAGAAGUCUCCCACUCUGGCCGUGGCGUUCAUCGACACCAGGCUUCGUUGCUCGGCCCCCGAGAGCGUGUCGGGCGUUCUGUUUAGCGACACCGAGCUGCGACGCUGUCAACCCCCGCAAAUCCACACAGCCGUGGCACGGGUACGAAGCGCCGUUGGGAAUAAUGUGCUACUUCGGUGCGGGACGAUCGGGGUGCCCAUUCCUGAUCUGACGUGGCGCAGGGUGGAUAAGCGAGUCCUGAAUGGAACGGUCCAGCAGGAAACGUCCAAAGAUGGAAUCACCUGGUCCAUCCUCAGCGUUCCAGCCGUGUCCUAUCGCGAUUCCGGGAAAUAUAUGUGCAAAGCGACAAACUACGCUGGGAACGCUGAAGCGGUCAUUUCCUUAGUGGUAUCGAAUUCUCCGAAACUUGAGGGCAAUCAAACCAGCAACGAGAAGAAAGCCAAAGUAAAAAAAUCCAACCCGGUUGGAAAAGCAGCCUACCAGGAGAAACUGGUUGCCCGAUACGUGGUGCCAACCUCCACCCCUAGGUCCCCACCUCCGGUCCUGGAUCCUGGCCUUCCACCUGAAAUCCCUGACCCCAGUUUGGACAAUCCCAGUCCUUCCCCCGAUCCGUCCGCAUCCUCUAAUGCGGACACGUUGCUGGAUCUGGAGAAGACCAACCUCAGCAACUUGGCUGCAAACACCUCGUCUCUGCAGCAGGACCCGGAUCGGGUGGUCCGCUCAGUGAAGGUCGUGGGGGACACGGACAAUACAAUCUCCCUCAACUGGAGAGCUCCCAAGGCCAAGAACACGACCGCCUUCAGCGUACUGUACGCCGUCUUUGGCGAGAGAGACAUGAGGAAGAUCAAAGUGGGGGCAGGCCAGAACAGAGUGACCAUCGAAGGUCUGGUGCCCAGGACCAAGUACAUCGCCUGCGUGUGCGUGAGGGGGCUCAUCCCCAAGAAGGAACAGUGCGUCAUCUUCUCCACAGACGAGGCGGCCAGCGCGACCGGUACCCAGAAGCUGAUCAACGUGAUCGUGAUCACGGUAGCUUGCAUCAUCGCCGUGCCCCUCACCGUCAUCGUCUGUUGCGGGGCCCUGAAGAGACGCAUCCAGAAGUACUGGGGGAAAAAAUCCAAGGACAUCCAAGAUUCCUAUGUGACCUUUGAGACAUUGUCACCCGGGACCAAAGCCAAAGGACUGGAAGGGGAAUACUUGAACAGACUUAACCCAGAAGAGUCCAACAGGCUGCUUUCAGCCCGCUCCAGCCUGGACUCCGAGGCCACGGCUAAAAUCGAAGGACAGCCUAACGAGUACUUCUGCUGACGUCAUGCUCCAGCUCCGGCUCCUCCGCCGCGUCACCUUCCUCGCGCUCAUCAUCCUCCUCCUCCACCGUGUCCCAGUCCCGACCACCCCGUGCAUCCUCCCCCGCAGCCUCACUUCCACCCGCAUCCGUAUCCACAGCAUCGCCCGUACGCUCACGCCCGGCCGCAUCCUGACGUGAGCCCCCCCGCCGGCCACCCUCCGCACAUGCCCUGGGAUUCCUCCCCUCCCGUGCCUCCUCGCUGGAUCACGCCACCGACUCCGCCUCCACCUCGCGCCAAUUUCUGUCAAAGGACCUUUGCACGCUGCACCAUCAUGGAAAUAUCCGUAUAGGGGGAUAUUUAUCUCACAACUUCCAUCUGGGUAUUUCCAUAGCAUCUCGUUUCACGUUCAUUUUUACAUCAUAGUGGUUUAUAUCACUUUACACUGUGCGGUGAAGAAGCGGUGAUUCAACCCAAAAGGGAACCCCCCAUUCCCCCAACGACAAACACUCCAUUGUCAAUAUGUAUGUGUAUGAUUUGUAAAUACUUUUAUGGACAGUGUACACUUACAUAAACGGUCAAGUCUGUGCCUCUGCAUAUAUCCGUCAUACGUUCUCAGAGGAGAUUUCUAAAUCUAUACGUACACACGCAGGCAUUGGUGAGCGUCGACAAGCUGGAGCUGGAGACAAGCGCAGAAAGGACUGAACUAUGACGCCGUGUAAAUAAAGACGUGGGACUAUUUCUGUCCCCCAGCGCUUCUUUCCGUGUAUUUGUUUUUUGCGCCACCAAGAGGCACCCGCAACCCCAGUAGCUGUAGUCAUUUAUUCCAUUCAGGAUUUAAAUAGAGCGAAAUAAACUUUUCUAUUACUACAGGCA